AGUGAGCAGAGCAUAUGGGAGGAGUUGAAGGCUCCUAAAAACACCACGAGCACUGUUGCUCUCUCUGAAAUGAACACCGACUCAGUACGGUGGGAAUAAAAACAAGUGCGUCUCCACUAUGGUUCCUAGCGAGACUGUCACUUUAUUUACAGAUAAGGGCAGAAGACUCGUUUAGGGUUGUCCUUCGUCACUACUGAUAUCUUUAACGAACUGUUUGGGAUUUAUUUGGCAUAUUUUGAGACUUGUAGCGAUUGUCUAGAUGGAAGAAGAAGAGCCGCUGCUGACUGGCAGCAUUAACCAGGGUCCAGGUGAUUAUGGAUCUCAAGAUAAUGGUGAACAUUAUCAUCAUGACGAAUCACCAGAAUCGAGACGACUGUCCCAUUCAGUGACUGACGAUUCUUACCCUGUGUACGAGGAUGCAGACCUCUGUAUCCAGCAGGCAGUUGUAUUUAUUGAAGAUGCAAUUCAGUAUCGAUCCAUUAAUCACAGGGUUGAUUCUGGGUCUUUGCGGUUAUACAGAUGGUAUUAUUCCAAAAUUUGUCAGUGGGGUCUGGGGUUCACUAUUGCUGUUGUACUGGGACUGGCUUUCAUUGAGACACCCUCCUCUCUGACCUACACCUCGGACAUUCGUUUCAAACCCAAGCCUUGGGAGCCACCCUGUGGACUGACGGAGGGGAUUGAGAUGGUCUGCCUUUGCAUCUUCAUCCUAGAUGUCACUGUGAAGGGUUAUCUGAUAGGAUGGGAGGAGUUUCGUACGAACAAAUGGCUGAUUGGUUAUGUAGUAGUGAUUGCAGCAACAGUUAUUGAUUGGAUGUUGAGUAUUAGCAUGAUGUGCAGUGAGAGUUUAAGAGUCAGGAGACUAAUUCGCCCAUUUUUCCUCUUGCAAAACUCUUCCCUUAUGAAGAAAACUCUAAAAUGUAUCAAAAGGACUCUUCCAGAAAUAGCAAGUGUUAUUCUGCUUCUGGCGUUACACAUCUGCUUGUUCACCAUGAUAGGAAUGCUGAUCUUUGCCAAAUCAGAUGACCCUAAGAAGAAUGGAGAAUGGGAAACCUACUUCAAAAACCUGCCAAAGGCCCUGUCUUCUCUGCUAGUGCUGCUAACGACAGCCAAUAACCCUGACGUCAUGAUUCCAGCAUACUCUCUGAACCGUGGCUAUUCUAUAUUUUUUAUACUCUUUAGUGUGUUUGGGACAUAUUUGUUAAUGAAUCUAAUGACAGCUAUUAUUUAUAACCAGUUCAGGGGAUAUUUACUGAUGUCGGUUCAGACGUCUAUAAUCAGGAGGCGUCUGGGUAUUCGGGCUGCUUUCGAGGUGCUGUGCUGUCCAGGCCGUGGGCACAUCAGCACUCAGUCUGAAGGCCAUGUGGAGCGAGUGGCGGUGAACAUGUUUCUGCAGGUCAUGGAUAGAGUCCACAUGAAGUCUUACUGCAGGCAGGCUAUCAUUAAGGCUGCUCAGCAGUUCCCAGACGGCUUCAUUAACGGCGAGGCCUUCCAGAGGCUCUUUAAUGAGCUGGAUAAGGAUUUUAUGAAAGAGCAUCCACCAAAACCAGAGUACAGUUCUCCUGUCCUACGAUAUAUCCAGAAAAUCUACAGUCACUUUUAUAUUACUGUGCUGGGGAAUGUUGUCGCUCUGGCAAAUGUCAUUUGUAUUUGUACUGUCUUGGUUCUAAAUUCAGAGAAAUCUGUGUCAGAGAAAAAUAACUUCUGUAUGGAGAUCCUCAACUGUAUUUUCAUCAUGUACUAUUUAAUAGAAAUGCUGCUGAAAAUAGUGGCUUUUGGUUGGAGAGGUUACCUGUCUUACAGGAAUAACAUCUUUGAUGGAUUCCUCACUGUUCUACUUCUGGCAAUUCAGAUUGCCAUAAUCAUCACAAACAGGAUUCCCUUUGAGGACGUAGAUCCAGUUCCACAACGUGUGAUGGUUUUGUGGGAGAUGGUGCGACUGGUCAACAUGUUGAUUGUCUUCCGUUUCCUCCGAAUAAUUCCAGAAAUCAAGUUGAUGGCCGUGGUGGCCAGCACUCUUGUGGACCUGGUGAAAAACUUAAGGGCGUUUGCUGGCAUUCUGUUGGUAGUGUACUAUGUGUUUGCUGUCCUUGGUACCUGGCUUUUCCAGGGAGCUAUAACCCCUCCAUCAAACACAAGUCUGAUCUUCAAUGCCAGAAUAGAGAACCAAACGGAUGGUCCCUUCAGCAUGGAUUGUGGCACUUUCGAACAGCUGGGGUACUGGCCAAACAACUUUGAUGAUUUUGCUUCCUCUCUGGUUCUUCUCUAUAACAUCAUGGUGGUGAAUAACUGGCAUGUUUUCACAGACGCAUACACCAGAUACACUACAGAGUGGUCCUUGGUGUACUUUGUGGCCUGGUGGUUGACAUCUUCAGUCAUGUGGGUCAACCUGUUUGUGGCCCUAAUUUUGGAGAACUUCACCUAUAAGUGGGACCGCAGCAAUGCUCUUUCUGUUGAAGAUGUGGAGAGAAUCGCCUAUCAAAGCACUGUACAGCUUAUUUUUAGAGAGCAUGUUCGAGAGCCCACAGAAGAAGAGCUACUAGCUCAACUACAACAACAUCCUCAUCUGCACCUCUCCUGGUGACCCUAAGCUCGCCCCCCCCCCCCCACCCACCUCCACCUCACGGGACGCCUUUAACACAUAAUUACACCAAAACACCCAGGAUUCUCCAGGACUCCAUCACGUCUGUGUGUGCCUCAUGUUUACAUAUCCAUCCAUUUUGGAGGACCUGUUUCCAAUUAUAGGAUCUGUGUAACCUCAGGUCGGCCUGGGAAAGGAUGCAUGUGUUUUACCAGAGCGUCACACAAUUAAUGUUCAGAGGAACUUCAAUGUAUAAAUAGGCUUUAGUUCAAAUCACUCCUGCUGCUGGAGUCCCAGAGUCCUUGUUUAGUGCUCAAGACAACCUGUAAAUUACAGCAGUGUUUAUGAUACUGUAUCAAUACCACAGUUUUUGAUUUACCCUAUGUCUAAAAGAAUUUCAUUCUUUGAGUUUGAAAGUCACAUUUUCGUUGUGCAUUUUACAAAAUCCAUAUUUGUAUUUAUUUUUUAAGCCUGUUACAAUCACAAACAACAAAACAAUUUAUAGAUUGUUUAUAAAGUCAUGGAAACAAAGGGACAUAACUCAUUACUUUUUAAAUACUUUUAGCUGUGUUUUUAUUGAUUUGUAGAUUCUAUAUUUUUGACUGUGACAUUAUGUUUGUUCAGUGCUUUUAUUUAUGUUAGAAUUUACUGUAUAUUUGACAGAAAUCUUUAUGGGUGAAUCCCUAAAAAAGUCUCAAGUUAUGCCCAGAUCAUAUUUCAUCCGUAAAAAUAAAGGUAAAAGGAAAUUGAUUCUCAUUACUGUAAUGUGAAACACACUUUAAUUAAAUCAGUCAUUGCAUCCUGACAGGAGGAUUGAGAAGUGUUUUGUAUUGUAGUAAAUUUACUAUGUAACUUUAUGAAUUAUUGUCAUGCACAAUGCAAAAAAAAUUAAAUCUCAGUGUUAAAAACUAUGCUUCUCUUCAUGCCAAUUUUAUUUUAUUUUUAUUUUUUUUUGUAAUACGAUGCCGACUGUUCGUCAGUAAAUUUCAGUGAUCUUAUCAAGUGUCAUUAUUAGGAUAUUUAUCAUGUUUUCAAUAUUAUCAACAGAUGGCGUUUUGCUGCAAUCAAUACAUUUGACUGGAUAUUGGUAUAAAUGGUUGAAUCACGCCAAUGUUUUGUCUUCUUUCUGUUCUGAGAUCAGCUUCAUGAUUAAAUGUCUCUGUUGAAUGUC